AUGAUCUUUUUAGAUCAGCCUAUGGGUGUCGGGUUCUCGUAUGUGUCCUGGAAAAAUGCGUCGCGCUCCGGUGUGCCGCCCUCACGAACACUGACGUCCGCGGACGGCGCCCGUGAUGUGAGUGCAUUUCUGCACUUACUCGCGACCCAGCCCAUUGGCCCGUUCACUCAACGAGUAGACGAAAAUGGGCGUAUCCACCUGCGUGAUUUCCAUAUGGCCGGUGAGUCGUAUGCUGGCAGAUACUUGCCGCUCAUGGCAAGCCGGAUCGUUAACGACAACGAGCACUAUCUGAUGCAUCCUGAAGAAGGCAUCAUGCCCCUGCCACUUCGCUCGAUUCUCAUCGGCAAUGGUAUGACAUCGCCUCGUCACCAAAAUGCUGCAUACUACGAUUUCGCGUGUACAGACAAGUCGGGUCAUGUGCCAUUCCUUCCCGAGCACACAUGUGAGACAAUGAAAGCCAAACUGCCUGUAUGCAUGGACCUACUGGCCAAAUGCAACCGGCACCGUGGCAAUGUGCCGUACAGCAAGACAGCUUGCCAGACGGCGCUUACGUUCUGUAAAGGAGCGCUCUCUGAGCCUUGGCGUCAGACCAAUGCGUCUUUCUACGAUUGGAAGCAUCCCGUGGAUUAUGAGGAAGAAACAUACAUGGAGGCGUACCUGAACCAUAACGAAACGCGGCGUAUGCUUGGCAUUGAUCCGUUUCCGAUCGGCGAUCAUCAUGAUGGUCGAUUUGCUGCUUGGUCCGAUCGAGUCUUUGCGGACUUCCAGUCGACGGGUGAUGGCGCGCGUGAUAGCACAUGGGCUGUGCAACAUGUGCUUGCCUCUGGCAUCCGUGUUCUAUCUUAUUCUGGUCGUCGCGACUUUAUCUGCAACUUUCUUGGGAAUGCUGCUUGGAUCGACGAACUGGUUUGGAGCUCGGAACAAGGGUUUCGCAAGCAGGCACCACUCGAAGACUGGUUUAUCCCUGGCAGGCGCGAGCGUGCGGGCCAAUUCCGUCAUUAUGGCAAUCUGACAUACGUGGUCGUCGAAGAAGCUGGUCACUUUGCACCACUAGACCAACCCGCUUCUUUACUUGCGAUGUUUCAACGCUGGAUUCAUCCUGCCCCAGGGUCUAUUGGUCGACUUGAUCCAGUACAAUUACAUGCCAUCUAA